CCUCUUCGAGUCCUCUUUCUUUGUCGUUACAGAUCAAAACAUGAAUGUAAGAGAAGCUAUGAAGAAGCAAGCAGACGUCGCGAUGAUGCUUUCCGGGCACGUCUUAUCUUUCCCACCCAAAGACUCUAACGUCAUCUUCUCUCCCGCGUCCAUAAACACUGCGAUCACCAUGCACGCCGCUGGUCCCGGAGGUGAUUUAGUCGCCGAUGAAGUCCUCUCCUUCCUCAGAGCUUCUUUAAUCGAUGAACUCAAAACCGUCUUUCGAAAACUUUCCUCCGUCGUCUACGCUGACAGCAGCGCGCGUGGAGGCCCAAAGAUAACGUCGGCGAAUGGCCUCUGGAUUGAUAAAUCCCUUCCGGUUAAUAAUCGCAAGUACAAAGAUCUAUUCGAGAACUUCUUCAAAGCUGUUUAUGCUCCAGUAGAUUUCCGAUCAAAGGCUGAAGAAGUGCGUAUAGAGGUGAACUCAUGGGUUGAGCAUCACACCAAUAAUCUCAUCAUGGAUCUUCUUCCACCUAGAUCCGUUACAGAAGAAACUGAAAAGAUUUACGCAAACGCAUUGUAUUUCAAAGGAGCUUGGGAAAGACCAUUUGAAAAGUCCUAUACAAAAGACAAAGACUUUCACCUUGUCAAUGGCACAUCUGUCUCUGUGCCAUUCAUGACCAGCUAUGCGGAUCAAUACGUAAGAGCCUAUGACGGUUUCAAGGUCCUCAGGCUCCCUUACCGGCGAGGCAGUAAUGAUAACAAACGUGAAUUCUCAAUGUAUUUCUAUCUUCCGGACAAGAAAGAUGGAUUGGAUGAUCUCUUGGAGAAAAUGGCAUCUACGCCUGGAUUCUUGGAUAGUCACAUUCCGAGUUACAGAGAUGAGCUUAGGGAAUUUAGAAUUCCAAAGUUUAAGAUCAAAUUUGGUUUUGCUGUUAAUCGUGUUUUGAAUGUACUGGGUCUGGGACUGCGUUCAAUGUCAAUGUACCAUAAAGCUUGUGUCGAGAUUGAUGAAGAAGGUGCUGAAGCUGCGGCCGCAACUGCUGAUAUGGAGGAUGAAGGUUGUUGUGCUCCUGAGAUAGAUUUUGUGGCUGAUCAUCCAUUUCUUUUCCUUAUUCGAGAAGACAAAACAGGGACCGUUUUGUUCGUUGGUCAGCUCUUCGACCCUUCGAAAUUAGUCUAAUUCGGACUCAGAUGAUUGAUUAUUAACCGCGCUAUGGUUUGGUCGAAUGGUGGAUUGGUUAACUGAGUUUUUGUUGGCAAAGUUCACAGGUUCUGUGAAACUAUAGUUCAGUUAAAAACCGAAAUUGAGUUGGUUCUAGCUAGCUCUGUUAGUAAACUUUAAUAGAUAUUUCCAUUCCAUUAUGUUCGUUGGGUUUGAUUCUUUCGAUUAAUAAUUGAGGAAAAUAUCCUAAAAUAGCCAUAAAAACUUAUAAUUUGUG